AUGACAGCUUUUUUUCGUUUACUUUCUCUUUCAAUUAUUACGGAAUAGUCCUGUAUUUUUCGAUAAUUUCAUCUGUGCAGUUUUAGUUUCUAUUCUCUGCAAAUAGUUAGAAACAAGGUCUGCUAAAUGUACCGUAAUAAUCGGUGAUAUAAAGAUUUAUUACAUCAGUUUCAACCAAUCGUGACCUGGUUCGAUAUUGGUUCAAAAGUGAGGACAAAGCCGACAAAGCGUGUCCAACGUUCAACUGAACUAUUUCCAAAGUACGGCGCAUGGAAUAGAAUCUAAUUUUCGAUCGUUGUUUUAUUGCUGUGAGAAAAGCGCAACCAAAUAUACGUUUCCUCGAUGAUCCAGUGAAUGUGGUGUAGAACUUCGAUUAAGAAUCAAACAAUGGAAAGGGUUUCCUUGUUUGCAUUGCUUCUAACAGCACUUGCUCUGGUUUUAGUUAUUAGCACAAACGCAAAAUCAGCAGCUAACAACAUAGCGUCAAUAAGACGCGUUAUAGUAGAUGUAGAUGCUGGUCCCGAUGAUGCAUGGGCUGUGUACCAUCUGCUAGAAACACCCGACGUACAUAUCGAAGCAAUCAGCUGCGUCCGAGGGAACACUAAUGUGACCAAUGUCGGCCGAAAUGUGCUGAGGAUAUUGACUGCUGUUGGGAAAGAAAGCGAAAUUCCGGUUUAUCUUGGCUCUAACGAACGAUUGAUUACACCUGCUCCGGUGGUUGAUCCUGAUAGCAUGUUCUUUGGCAGUGAUGGGUUUUCUGAUGUAAUAUUUGAGGGUUCUCAUCCCAAUAUGAGCCUACUGCGAUCAGAUACAUUGUCUGAACUUUACAAAUUGAUUAAUUUGUAUCGCUACGAAAUCAGUUACAUCAGCCUGGGACCACUGACUAAUUUGGCUUUGUUGUUCAAAGUUUACCCUGAGACUCGGGAAUGGAUAAAAGACGUUCAUAUAAUGGGUGGAAAUCGACAUGGUGUAGGGAACACCCAAAAUGCCGCAGAAUUCAAUUUCUUUGGUGAUCCUGAAGCGGCGAAUAUCGUGAUUAAUAACUACCUUGGAAGCAUAAAUAUCCUGCCAUGGGAAACGGCUUCCAAGGACAGUUUAGUGAUGAAUCAGACCUGGAGAUUUGAUGUACUGGGAAAAACGAGCAAUCCUGUGGUCCAAAUACUAAAUCCUGUAGAACGAAAACCAUUGGGUCCGGAGGACAACUGGAUGCCGUGCGAUGUGCUGGUGGCCAUGAGCUUUACACAUCCGGAACUGGUAACAGAACGCAAACGAUACCGAGCUGACGUUGAAUUGCAUGGUUGGUUGACCCGCGGCCAGCUUGUGCUCGAUCACGCUAAUGAAGGAACCGGCAAUGUUACCAUUAUUGAUAAUAUGGACACAGCUGGGGUGGUUGAAAAAUUGAUAGACUUGGCAUCGGUGUGAUUUUAUUACUACUGUACAAAUGAUGUGAUAUAAAAUAAAAUAAAUGUAAUGAAACAACUAA